CCUGUAGAGACCUCUCCAGAGGAGCAGCCAGCCUCCUGUGAAGGUUCAAAUGCUGCUGUUAACAUGGAAAUUUCAGAAUCUGUUGUGGAAAAUGGAGAGACAGAAAUGUCCCCGGAAGAGUCAUGGGACCACAAAGAAGAAACAAGUGAAUUGGAGCUGGGAGGUGGUCCCACAGGGGAUGCAGGACCUUCUGAAGAAAGCACUCAGGAAAUGAUGGAAGAGGAGGAGGAAAUACCAAAACCGAAAUCUGUUGUAGCCCCGCCAGGUGCUCCUAAAAAAGAGCAUGUAAAUGUAGUAUUCAUUGGGCACGUAGAUGCUGGCAAGUCAACUAUUGGAGGACAAAUAAUGUAUUUGACGGGAAUGGUUGACAAAAGGACACUUGAAAAAUACGAAAGAGAAGCUAAAGAAAAGAACAGAGAAACAUGGUACCUUUCGUGGGCCUUAGACACAAACCAAGAAGAACGAGACAAAGGUAAAACAGUAGAAGUGGGUCGUGCCUAUUUUGAAACUGAGAAGAAGCACUUCACUAUUCUAGAUGCUCCUGGACAUAAGAGCUUUGUUCCAAAUAUGAUUGGUGGGGCUUCUCAAGCUGAUCUUGCUGUGCUGGUUAUUUCUGCCAGAAAAGGAGAGUUUGAAACUGGAUUUGAGAAAGGUGGACAAACAAGAGAACACGCCAUGUUAGCAAAAACGGCGGGUGUAAAACAUUUAAUAGUUCUUAUUAAUAAAAUGGAUGACCCAACUGUAAACUGGAGUAAUGAAAGAUAUGAGGAAUGUAAAGAGAAACUGGUGCCAUUUUUGAAGAAAGUUGGCUUCAAUCCCAAAAAGGAUAUUCAUUUCAUGCCCUGCUCAGGACUGACUGGAGCAAACCUUAAAGAACAGUCAGAAUUCUGUCCUUGGUAUAUUGGAUUACCGUUUAUUCCAUACCUGGAUAACUUGCCAAACUUCAACCGUUCAGUGGAUGGACCCAUCAGGCUGCCAAUUGUGGAUAAAUAUAAGGAUAUGGGCACUGUGGUCCUUGGGAAGCUGGAGUCGGGCUCUAUUUGCAAAGGACAACAGCUUGUGAUGAUGCCAAACAAGCACAACGUGGAAGUUCUUGGAAUCCUUUCUGACGAUGUAGAGACUGACUCAGUAGCGCCAGGUGAAAAUCUAAAGAUCAGACUGAAGGGAAUUGAAGAGGAAGAGAUCCUUCCAGGAUUUAUUCUCUGUGAUCCCAACAACCUGUGUCAUUCUGGACGCACGUUUGAUGCCCAGAUAGUGAUAAUUGAGCACAAAUCCAUUAUCUGCCCAGGUUACAAUGCUGUGCUGCACAUCCACACCUGUAUCGAAGAAGUUGAGAUAACAGCCUUAAUCUGCUUGGUAGACAAAAAAACAGGAGAAAAAAGUAAGACACGGCCCCGUUUUGUGAAGCAAGAUCAAGUGUGCAUCGCCCGCCUAAGGACGGCAGGAACCAUCUGCCUUGAGACCUUCAAAGACUUCCCUCAGAUGGGCCGCUUUACCUUAAGGGAUGAGGGUAAGACGAUUGCGAUUGGGAAAGUUCUGAAACUGGUUCCGGAGAAGGACUAAGCGUUUUUCUCAGUGACCCCCGCACAAUACUGUGAGGAGAAAUCGACUCUGCGAAGCCUACUUCACACCGCCUUCUUAUUUUCUGCCCAUUGAUAAACUUCUCCCCAUAUUUUGCAAAGACAAAUUUCACAGCAAAGGUCCACAUUAUGUCAGCUUUCUCAUAUUGAGAGCUCUGCUAUGCCACUGUUGAAUUUUCCCAAAAAGAAGGGUUUUUUUCUCCCAAAUUCUGCUUCCUUGGAACAAUUCGGCAAUAGCUUUGUAAGUGAUGUGGACAUAAUUGCCUAUAAUUAUGAAAACCUAAAGGAUUUUUAAUGUUUCGUUUUCCCCGGCAUAUAUAUUAAGACCUCUUUUUUUUCCAGGCAGAUCAUUCAGAGUGUGCGAGUGUGUGUGCACAUGUUACAGAGACAACUACCAUGUUAAUAAACUAUUCAAUUUGAAAACU